AAGAGGGAGCUGUGACUGUGUGGUAUGUAUCUAAACGAGUGCAUUAGUGAGAAAGAGAACGCAUAGCAAGCUGGUUUGACCAGAAACAGAACUGCCUGUGACAGAUUAAGAGACAAGCAAAGGCUUGGAAUCUGAGAGCACGCAAAGAGAGUGGAAAUUUACUGCUGCCCCGUGUGAGUGUUCAAGUGAUCAUUUUCUGCUAACGUUUUCCGGUGGUAACUGUUACUCUUCAGAGAGAGGGACAGAAAGUCAAGACGGUAUUAUGGAAUCUCUUCUCUCUGCCACACUCUGGUAAGAGGAGACACCCUCUAUUAAAUGGAAUAUAAAGUCUGCUUCAUCUAAAGUGCUUUGAGCCCCAGAAAGAGCUGUCUUCAGCACCUCAGCAUGUGUCUAUUUUUCGUUGCUUAGACAAGCCUGGGCUUUUCUUUAACAUUGGGAAUAUUUCUAGCCUUUGCUUUUAUGCUUAUCAGCCAUUUCUGAGGUCUAGCCCAGUAUCUGGCAUCAUUCCAUAUUGGAAGAAGAGAUUUCUAUAGAUGAAAAAAAUGCCUUUGUUUAGUAAAUCACAGAAAAAUCCAGCGGAAAUUGUGAAAAUUCUGAAAGACAACAUGGCCAUUUUGGAAAAGCAAGACAAAAAGACAGAUAAGGCUUCAGAAGAAGUGUCAAAAUCACUGCAAGCAAUGAAGGAAAUUCUGUGUGGGACAAAUGACAAGGAACCCCCUACAGAAGCCGUGGCUCAGCUAGCACAAGAACUCUACAAUAGUGGGCUGCUGGUGACACUCAUAGCCGACCUACAGCUCAUAGACUUUGAGGGGAAAAAAGACGUGACCCAGAUAUUUAACAACAUCCUGAGAAGACAGAUAGGCACUCGGAGUCCUACCGUGGAGUACAUUAGCACUCAUCCUCACAUCCUGUUUAUGCUCCUCAAAGGAUAUGAAGCCCCACAGAUUGCCUUACGCUGUGGGAUUAUGCUGAGAGAAUGUAUUCGACAUGAACCUCUUGCCAAAAUCAUCCUCUUUUCUAAUCAGUUCAGAGAUUUCUUUAAAUACGUGGAGUUGUCAACAUUUGAUAUUGCUUCCGAUGCCUUUGCUACUUUUAAGGAUUUACUAACCAGACAUAAAGUGUUGGUAGCAGACUUCUUAGAACAAAAUUAUGACACUAUUUUUGAAGACUAUGAGAAGUUACUCCAGUCUGAGAAUUAUGUGACUAAGAGGCAGUCUUUAAAGCUGCUUGGUGAACUGAUCCUGGACCGGCACAACUUUGCCAUCAUGACAAAGUACAUCAGCAAGCCGGAGAACCUCAAACUGAUGAUGAACCUCCUCCGGGAUAAGAGUCCCAACAUCCAGUUUGAAGCCUUUCAUGUCUUUAAGGUGUUUGUGGCCAGUCCUCACAAAACGCAGCCUAUUGUGGAGAUUCUACUCAAAAACCAACCCAAACUCAUUGAGUUUCUGAGCACCUUCCAAAAAGAAAGGACGGACGAUGAGCAGUUUACCGAUGAGAAGAACUACUUGAUUAAACAGAUCCGCGACUUGAAGAAAACAACCCCUUGAAGCCCCUUGAACCUGGUUUCCCGCCACAGUGACUGUCUCAUUUGUUCACUUUGUACAAAAAGCAUCGUUUCAAACAGUAGUCAUUCAGGGGAAGGCUCUGGAGGGGCCUGUUUUCUCCUUCAAUGCAUCGUUCAGGGUAGAUGGAACAUAAACAUUUGAAUGAAAAAAAAUUAACUUAGACUAAAACAUUCAUCUUAAUCAAGCCUGUGAUUAUUUAAUGUGAAAUCAGAGCCAUUGUAUUAGACAUGGAUAAAAGAAAUCUUAACCCUUUUUUUAAAAAAAAAGAAAUUUUUAACCCUUUUUUGAUGAAAGGCAGCAAAGGUGUGGACUUACGCACUUGAGCCUUCAGUCACCAUGAGCCACCAGGUAGUAGAAGCCUCAAGGAUGGGUGUCACUGAGUCCUCCAAGGGGAUUCCCUUGGCAGAGGAGCUCCGGGCACAGGGACCAGAGGCGCAGAACUGUUUGCCCAUCCGCACUUAGACAAACACAUGUCUUACGGCACUGAGAAAAUAAGGUCCAUGUUUGGAGUAUUACACACUCCGUUCCCUGCCUGUAUUUUUCAGCUGUCAUCAUUCAUUCCUAGCUUCGAAGGGGUCGAUGCCCACCUCCCAGCUCAGCCCUCCUUCCUGCCCCACAUUCCAGCCCAAAGGAUCUUCUCAGCAUCCAGACUCAUGCACACCCCCACUCCAACCAGGUUAGCCCAAGCACAGAGGACCCACUGGGUAUGACCUGUUCCCUUGAGAACUUGGAGCAGAUGGUUAAGAACCAUAGCUCUGGUUAUAGCCACUUCUACUUCACACAGACUUCUGUGGGGUUCAUAAAUGUUUGGAAUAUUUCAUUCAUACUUCUGGGGGAAAAGUUUUGUGGUGAAAAGUGUAUUUUAGAGUAGGAAUCAUUGCCUUGAAGUACCUAGUGUGUGCAAAACCACAGGUCCAGGGGCUGCACAGGUCUUUAGAUCACUUUUAUAAGUAAGGGAACACUGUCACUGGAAGCACAAAUUAAAUGCAUGCAAAAAAUCCUCAAAUGAUUUAAAAAUUUUUUCAGUUUAUUUUUUAAUAAGCUGUUGCUCUAAUGUCACAUCAAAUUCUUCAGUGAAAGGUAGAAAACCUAUAAAAAAUGUUGGUCUCAAAUACUCUCUCGCCUACUAGGAUGAUGAAGGAAUUCAUUUGUGUUUUUUAAUAAAGGCCAUGGUUUGUUUUCAGACAUCAAGUGUGUAAAAUGGAUUUUAAAGCUGUAUUUACAAAACAUUAAAGGUACAAUUGUUAAUCUGUAUUUUUUUCAUAAUUCUGGUUCCAAAUCCUGAGUUAUCGCCUUCCGUAGAAACCUUCGCUUUUUACAAUACCGGGUGCUGUGUUCUCCAACCAGGUGUAUCUCCACCCAGGAAGGGCAAGCCCCCUCGCCAGGAUCCGUGCCCUUGUAGAUGUAGCAUCUGAAGAAUCCCCUGGUGCGCUUUCACCCUUCGUGGCUGUGUUCUUCCGUGCCCAGCGUGGAAUCCAGAGGCAGAUGCUGUGGGCCUGCGGGACAGGCUCUGGCCAGUGCCAGCCCAUCUGAUGACCUUCAUUCUUCAGUCACUGAGGUCAGAUUAUUUUUAUAACAUUCCCUGACAGUCCAGAGUCUCUUAGAAUUUUACUUUUCUGGUUUUGCUUAUUUGUUUAAAGAGAUGAGUAUAAAUAUAUUUUUUAAAAAAGAGAGAGAAGAGGGUGCAAUAAUGACCAAUGGAAAUUGAUUUCAUUGCUUAAAUUUAGUUCCACACAUCAUGGAACGUAUGUGUUCAGUUGGAAAGCAAAGCCUUGUUAGAAGUCUUUUUUGAUAAAACAUUUUAUUUCCUCUGAGCUUGAGUUAGCUCUUUCGUAACAAUCCUUUGUCCUAGUUUAGUACCUGACAAACAAAACGAAUCUAAGAGGCAAUACAUGAAGUAGCUGGGGUUUUGUUGUGAUACACAUUUGCAAAUUACUACCGUGAAAGAGGGAGCAGGAAGCUCAGAGUUAAGAUAUGUUCGCAUAAACGUCGCUGUAAAUAUCGUGAGAGUCGAGUUUUGUAAAGGUCAUAUUUAAUAAGCUAUUUCAAAAGCACACAUUUAAAUAAAGACUGCCUAAC